AAAAAGUAUUUGUGGCGCUCACUUAAAGAUCUAUAGUUGUAGUUUUUAUGAUACUAACGACAAUUUUAAACAUGAAGUGAUGUAGCUACUGAAGAGAUGCAACUUUAAAACAAAGGAUGUGAUCAGAUAUCACUAGAGAUCUUUCAAUAUAAGAAAAACAGUGCCACAAAAUUCAAAACAAAACAAAAGAUGUCAGCUGUAAACAAUGAAUACAAUUGCUUGUAUGUUCAUAACAAUUCUAAAAAGAUCGUUACCGUUUUCAUUUAUGAAGGGUUUUCUCCAGUAUGCACAUUUUCAUCUGUUUCAAAAAUACUCGAACCAGAGCAAAAGUGUCACCAUUAUAUCAAAGAACGAUUUAAGUUUGAGAUUUUUGAAAAUAAGGAAAAAGGAACGAAGGAAAAGUGUCUAGGACCCGAAGAAUGCAAUGGCAUCAGAGUGAUCAAAGUUAGUGAUGGAGAACAUUCAUUAAAAUGCGAACAAAAUACCGUAAACCAUGACAAGAAAAAAAUCGUUCGCCGAGUGAAAAGAGAAAAUGAUUUGCCAUCUGGAGACUUGUAUGCGCAAUUAGGAUUAGACAUGAGAGAAGUUCGUGAGAUGAAUGAAGUUGAGCGAAAAAGCCAUUCAAAAGGAUUUCUUAAAAUGAUUCUAAUCUGGCAUCCUGAUAAACCUAAUGGUGACAAGGAAAUAGCCGACCAGUUAGUUCAGGCAAGAAAUAUUUUGCUGGAGGAUGAAAUGCGAGCUCAAUAUCACAACCAUAUCGAUAUUCAACAGGGAUGGCUUUCUUCAAGACGAUGGAAAGCAAUUUUCAAUCCUGAAAUGGUAACUGCAGAACAAAAGCUUUCAUCAAACGACUUGCUUUUCUUGGCUUGUCUUCUCUACUGGCUGUUGGUGGUAUUGCAGCUACUGUUUUACAGCUGGUCUAGCAGCUCCAGCUUUGUAAUAUUAGGAGCCAUAGCUGGGGAGCGUUAACAGGUGCAGGUUUGCAAUCUUGGGGAAGCAGUUAGUAAAGAAUCUGUUGUUCACGGAAUGGACGUAAAGAAGUGGGCAAAAAAAGCAUUGAUUGGUGGUGUUGCUGGGGCACUAGCUGGAGGUGCUUCAGGUGGUAUCACUGCAGCAAUGGUCGGCAUUGGAAGUGCUGCAUUGCCAUCAGCAGCCGUUUCUAUUAGUCAAUAUGUUUCCAUGGGGCAGCGAAUGGUGCUAUUGGUGGAGUAAUGUGUUCUUUGAGCUCUGAUUUAGCAAAGAAAAUAGUUGAUGAAAAGGACAUUACUUUAAAAGCAGUUUUUAUUUCAUACCCUUUUGGUGCUUUAAUAGGUGCAACAGCAGGAAUUGCAGGAGGAGCUGUCACCGAAGCCCUUGUUGACAGUGGAUCAGGCUGCAAGCCCACACUAGAAGGUGAUGCUGCUGAGCAAUUUUCUGGACAAGCAUCAAGAAAGAAUAUCCAUGACUUAGCGCGUUGUUGGAAAAAAAGCUACUAUAGAAGGAGCAAAAUCUACUGCUAACGUGCCUUACAAAACUUGCUGACGAACGACUUGAUUCGUCAAUGAAAAUCGAAGAUUGACAACACUUAAAAGAGGAGCUCAAAAUAUUUUGUAAACACUGCAGGACAAGUAUAAUAAAUGCAGUUAGUGAAGCACAAAAGUUAGAUCCUAGAGAUCCAGAUGAUGGGUUACAGAGUCGAAUAAACGGCAAUUCUAGUAAUUUAAGUCAUGGACUUGAUGUGAAUUCAGAUAACGGUCCGCAAAUUAAUGAUUGUGUCGAUGGGGCAGACGAAAGAGAAGGUGGAGUUAACGAAGAUGAAAUUGUGCGAUGUAGAGAAAAUGUAGAGUCCACAAGAACUAACUCUGAAGCAGAGGAUUGCUGUGGGGAAUUGUUGGAGAGUUUUGUCUCAAAUCGAUUUAGGCAACCCCUUUGGCGUUGAACAUAUUGAAGAUAUACCAGCUCAGCAGGUACUCAGUAAAACCAUUAAGUAUAAGUCUAGCGGUGCCUGGUUCUCUAAAAUGCUCGUAUCCUAUUCUUUAAACGGGAAAAAAGAGACAAUUGAAGAAAGUGGUGAUGGAAAGAGAGUGGAAAUUUCUUUAAAUGCAACAGACAUCGAAGUGAAAUUUCAAGUUUGGCCCAGUUUGGGGUGACGUAAAAAAGUACGACCGUUUAAGAAG